GCUGAAGUUCUGACAAGCCCUAGGCCGUGCUGAUAAGCUUGCAGGGUGGCCUUGGUCCUUCGUCGCGCAUGUGGGGAGCCACUCUUGACCAUGUCGUUGAGGCAAAAGUUGUUACUGCCAACGGAACUAUCGUGACCGCAAGCGAAGCCAAGUAUCCCGAUCUGUUCUUUGUGAGUAUCAGAUUCCACUUACAAAGUGUCUUCUAACCGCCAACAGCAGGCCAUUCGCGGAGCAGCGCCGGUUUUGGAAUCGUCACCCAAUUCGUCAUUAAGACCGUUGAGAAGCCGAAAAAGACGUUACACUUCACGCAUCGCACCCCGUACACCAACUCAGAAGGCAUUGUGGAGCAGUUCAAGAGAUGGAGAGAAAUGGUAGCCGAUAAAAAGCUUGACCAUCGCAUUGGAACAGAAUUUGCCCUUGACCCCGAAGGCUCAAAGAUCACAGCAACUUGGUUCGGAACCAGGCAAGACUUUGACCAGUCCGGCAUCGCAGAAAGGCUUGGUCUUAAACUCACCCCGGUCGAAUCCAGUUGGGUCAAUACGAAGCGCUGGCAAUACGAGAAUGCAGUGUUGACACUUUCCGACAUCCCAACUGAGUUCUUUUCUCGAAGUCUCGGCUUCACCGCAGACGAUGCGACGUCGUUCAAUGCCACGGAAAGGCUUGUGCAGCUCAUCGCUGCGAAUAGGAGUCAAUCCAAACUCAAGUGGUUCUGCAUCUUCGACGCUACAGGUGGCAAGGUCGCUGAGCCAGCCAUGGAUUCAACAGCAUAUGCCCACCGAGACAAGGUCAUGUUCUACCAGUCUUACCUGUACAACAUAUGGGCACCAUUGACAGCUGAUGAGAAAGGGCUCCUCAAUGGUAUUCACGAGACCAUCGUAGGCGGUAUUCCAACUAGGUCACCCAGCACAUAUCCCGGAUACAUUGACCCGCUUCUUGAGAAUCCGCAGGAGGCUUACUGGGGUCCAAACCUUGAUCGCCUUGAAGCGAUCAAAAGAGAGUGGGAUCCCGAGGAUGUCUUUCACAAUCCGCAGAGUGUUCGACCUGCAAAGCUUAAACUGUAGGUGGAAGCACGUUUAGAGGUAGCCGU